GCUGCUAUUAACAUGGGGAGGUUAGAAUGUUAGUUGGAGCGGACCUGUGUGAAAACUGCUCCGCUGAGGUCUGGCGAAGAGCAGGUUGAUUCGGUGGCGUCCGGCUCCGCUUUAUAUAAAGCCCCGGUGGCGGGGGUAGUGAGCGCAGUAAUUAGGAUGAGCGGGGAGCAGCGGGGUCGCUUGGCCGCGGUAGGGGAGUGGCUGGCGGCUAUUGCCCGCAGCGCGGUGGCUGCGGGUGUCGAGCUGCGAGCCGCGUUGCAGGAAGAAUUAACGGCAGAGCCCGAAGGCGACCAGGCGCUGCAGCCGGAGAAGAUUGGGGCGAGCUCGUCCCUAUUGGUUAGGCUGGGUGAGCUCAGGCUGAAACCGCUGAGGAGUGGGGGUGCAGAGCGGUGCCCAGCCCGGGAGAACUGGGAGGAAUUAACAGCUCAGCAUCUUAACAAUGGAGAGUCUGGGGCACUCAAAGCCCACAGAUCUGCUAAACAGGAAGAUGAUAAAAGCAAGUCCCAAGAGGAACUUACCCAAGCAACCACUCCUGCACCCCAGCAAUGGGAGGAGGUGUUUGCGUUGGAGGCUCCCUCUACCAUCCAGCAGGACAUGAACCAAGAGAUGGGCAUGUUGGCACUAGAAACUAUUGUGAAAAACCAGGAGGCAAUGAGGUCGCUGAUGGCUGAGCUGGUGCAAAGCAUGGGCGCUGUGGAGCAGAGGAUCCGUAAUAUAGAGCAAGAGAUGGGGCUGAUCACUAGAUUCACCCAAGAGCUAAAUGAAUUGGGUGAAGACAAGUGGACUUGAAGGCGCUCCUGACUUGCCCCGGGUCAGGUACAAAACUAACUGCCCUGUUCCACAUUUCACUGCAGCCCCCAUGGCCAUUGAUCUGGGGUAUCAUAGUUCUUUAUGGACUUUUCAAUCUGUGUGUGAGGGUUGAGAUUUUGUGAAACAUCUAGAGAAGUUAACCAUCCAACUCCCAUUUAGUUCUUAUGGGAGUGAGGCAGCUAAGAUGUAAUGAUUUUGCAAAAGCACUUACCUUAACAGAUUAAUCGGUUCCUUUUUAAGCCAUGUGCAGGUCUCAGAAAUGCUGAAAUCUCCAUUCUCUGCAUUGGUAGACUUGGAAGCCUCUAAGUUGUAGUGCUUCGGAGUCAGUCGCGUCUCCUUUUCCCUAGUUGCCAAGCUAUUGAUGGGUUCCCUAACAAAGCUUGUUGUCCCCAAAACAAAACCAUUCCCUAACUGGGUAGAUUAUUCUUCCCCCUCACAUUGGCAUCAACUGAUCUGGUCUCUUGGAAUGCUGCUUCUGUCUAAAUAUCCUGAUGCGCAGUGAAGAAACAAUGGGCUGCAUUAAAGGAACAAAUAUAUUUAUCGUCUCAUGAACUUCUGCAGAUUGUGGUUGUAUUUAUAAUAAAGGAAACUUUUAGUCUCCUAUUAAGAACAAAUAACACUAGGGAUUUGUGCACAUUCCAGUUCUAUCCACCACUUUCAUAUUCGCGUAAAGAUCUCUACAGAUGCAUAACUGAAAAGACAGCAUUGGCCGUUAAUCUUAAUUUGAUUUGGGGCUCUGUUCAGUUUUUUAGCAUUCAGGCGUGGAAUGUAGAUGCACCUGAAAUGCUUAUGGAGUUGGAAUAUUCAACUAUUCUGGAUUGGAAGGAUGGAUUCUUUCUUUUUGUUUGACAAUAAAUCAGUUCAAGCAGUUUUGGCAUA